ACCCUACUUCAACCUGUUGCAUCAUAAAGCAAGAAUCCGACAUUUACUUAGAGAGGAUGGGUAGGAUUCAUCCUGCAAAGAACAUGUCAGGAGAUGGAGAGAGCUCAGUCUGGACGGUUUGGAAGAAGUCGAGCAUGGCGUUCCAAGGGACCGAUGGAUUCUCGGUGUACAAUGACAAAGGAAAGCUAGCUUUUCGUCUUGAUAAUUAUUCAAGGAAACACAAGGAGCUUGUCCUUAUGGAUGGAGGUGGAAAGCCUCUUUUGUCUUUGCGACCUCAGAUCCUAAGUAUCCAUGACCAAUGGAACGGAUUCAAAGAAUCAGAAGAAGACUCCAAAACAAGAUCCAAAUCGAAUAUUUUCUCGAUCAAACGAAAAUCAAUCCUCCACAGCACCGAUGAGGUUGAGGUAUUCAUGACAAACGGCAUAACUCCAGAUUUCCAAGUGGAAGGUUGCUUCUGGAAAAGAAACUGCAAGAUACGAAGCAAAUCAGGAGAAAUUGUGGCAAAAACAUCUCGAAAAAAAGUGAAUAAAUCAGUAAUACUAAGUGAUGAUGUUUUUAGUCUUGAGAUCAGACCAGGAAUUGAUUGCGAGCUGAUAAUGGCUUUUGUUGUAGUAUUGGACCGGAUAUGCCAGAAGCCUCAUGCUACUUUGAUGUGUUCUUGAAAUUAAUGGGAAAGUGUAUGUAUGUGUUUAG